AGCACCACCAGAGCUAGCGGCCACGGGGCUGACUGCGGUGUGUCCGUGUCACCGUCGCGGCGGAGCGCGGGCCUCACCAAGAGCCUGUGCCCUGGGUGCGGGUCCCGGCGGGCGGCGGUGGGGUGUAGAGUAGAAGCCGGAAACGGCGCCCUCGCCGCGGGAGAUGGGACCCCAGGGCCGGGUCCGCCGCGGAAACUAGGCGGGCGGGGCGGGGACGGCGGCUACGGGCCGGUGUGCCCGGCUGCUGUGAUCGGCCCUGCCACUGCUCUCUCCAGUCCUUCCUCAGGGUCCCGCGCUCCGAUGCACCGGGGGAGGGAGCUGGUUAGGGAAGGGGGCCAUGGCAGACCCCAUGGCAACACCCAGCCCUCAGCAGCUAGUGGCAGCUGUCCAGCGGACCCUGAGCAUGGGCAAGAGACGGGGCCCACCGCGAGUCGUCUGCCUGCAGCUGGCCGGACAGGUGCUGGCCGUGGCCCGCGGCCUGAAGCCGGCGCUGCUGUAUGAUUGCAACUGUGCGGGGCCCUCCCAGCUCCAGAGCUACCUGGAGGAACUUGGGAGUCUGGGCUUCCCGACCCAGCGCCUUCACAUCCUGGAGGUUGGAGAGCACAGUCUGAUCGUCAGUCCUGAGCUCGUGUGUCAGCACUUGGAGCGGGUGCUGCUCGGCCCCACAGCCUUGGUGGACGUGUCUGGCUCCCAGCCUCACCCUUCUCUCUGCUCCCUGGACCAGUGUCAGGACCUGAAGGCCUGCGUGGCUGAGAGUAUCAGGCAUUUGCGGGGGCUGCAGAGGGACCUGCCCCAAGCCGCCUCCUACAGCAGGCUCCGUUCCUCAGACUGCAAUCUCUGCGCGCUGUUUGGGAUCCUCCUGGGCUACCCUGUCCCCUAUACUUUUCACCUGAACCAGGGAGAUGACAACUGCUUGGCCCUGACCCCGCUACGGGUGUUCACUGCCCAGGUCUCCUGGCUGCUGGAGCCACCGCCGGUCUUGCUCUAUUCCUUUAGCGUCCCGGAGAGCUUGUUCCCAGCCCUGAGGGACACCCUGAGCACCUGGGAGAAGGACCUCAGGACUCGAUGUGGGACACAGAGUGACUUUGUCAACCUCAGCAUCUGCUCUGAGGUGGUCACCCUGUCAGCCGUGGCCCUCUGACUUGCUCUCUUCCCGGGGAAAGUGCCCAGAAAGCAAUCUGCUCAGGCUCAGGGAUGGCAGAGAGGCAACCAGGUCUGAGAACCCUCGGGAAUGCUGCCCACCACAUCUGCUGUGGUGGGGGUGCCCGAGGUGGCACAAACCUACCAUUUCUGUACUAGAGUCCUGCCUCAUUGCUCCCACUGGAGAGGAGAGGGGAAGGAGCAAGCUCGUGGAGGACAAGGGCAUGUGUUGUCCAUUGCCUUGUAGGUAUGUCUGAAGCACAUGGAGGACUGGGCUAUAUAGAAUGGGCUCGGAGAGCAGACUGGGAUGCUUGUAUGUCUUAGGCUGGCAAUGUAACGUGUCACUCGGGAAUAAACGGAGUUCCAAGGAGCAGAGACAGGCAGCUGAUGUUGACUUAUUUUAUAAUAGGUUAAAAAAAAAAAUGUCAGAAAUCUCUGUUGAGUUGGAAAAACCCAAACUUGCAAGUGCCCAAACCUGAGCUCUCAAGGGUGUUUCUUGCCUCUGAGUUUCACCCAGGAUGGCUGUCAGGGUCGUUUGUCACCACUCCUUCCCAUUGGCCAGGAGCAUGGCCAGCACCACAGCCACUGCCAGCACGAGCACUGGGAGCCACCUGCCGCAUUGCCUCUGCAGAAGGGGGGAGAGCAGCAAGGGGCUGGGCUGAGAGGAGGUACAAAGAUAAUCUCUCUUCCCAGGCUCGCCCAAUGGAAAACAGUGGGCUGGUGGGAAGCAGCUGUUUACCUGAGAAUCUCCCUCUGCCACCGCCCUUGGGAUCGAACAUCUUUACUGGCGGAUGAGGUGGCGUCAUGGAGCCUCCAUCUUUGCGGGGAGAGGAGUUCAGCCCCCUGGCGCGUGUCCUGGCUAGGAGAGCUGGGCUGGGCAGAUCCACACUGUUGUCUGGGCAGCCCCAGCUGUCCACAUCCUCACACUGUGGGCAUCGCGCUUCCCGGGCCAGGAGGAGGAAUCAGAGCCUGAGGGAGGACCCUCUGGCAGGGAAGCCGAGGCAGGGGCUCGAGAGGUGCCUUCAAGUAUUUGUCUUUGAAAAGUUAAGUGUGCACAAAGGGACAUGAAAUCCUGAGUUCAAAAUCAGUUUAUUGAAAUCUUCCACAGAAGUUUUCAGAGGAGUCUCCUGACAGCGGGUGGCCGGCCGAGUUUCAGAGUGGCAGAUGGCCCAAGAGAGGUGCCCCAGGCCCCUGACCUCAGGACCCCCAGUCGGGGGCUGGGCUCAGGGGGGCAGGUGGUCCACCCCUGCUGGGGCAGGAGAGUGGGGACAGGUGCUAGGGUGUGUGGAAGGAAAGGUGCUGACCUUUCUUUGCCAGGAGCUUCCCCUGUUCCUGGAGCUGCAGAGCUCUCUCCUGGAGUAGACCUGUGGGGACAGGGCCUGUGUGAAGUGUGCGGUCCCUGAGGCAGGAGCCGCUUGGACAGAGACAGAGGCAAGAGUUGUCCAGAGGAGACCAACCAAGAGUUGUCCAGAGGAGACACCAUGCCCCCAAGGAGAGGGGCCCGGCCAGCACCUGCCUCAGGCUGGGGGCUGCAGGCCCGCAGCCUUCACCUCCUCUUCAUAGACCAACUUUCUGUGGAGCUGUUGGGAAGGCACAGCCUCCUGCUGCGUCUCUGGGAGGAAGACUCCCCAGAUGUCCCCUUACCAUCACAACUUUUUCCCUGUAAGCUGCUUCACUUUCUCCCAGACUCUCCUGUUUGUCCCCAGAACCUCUGUUCCCAGGCAGGAGGUGGCUGAGAAUGGAAAUGAGGGUAGGGCCGGCUCCAGGCCACAGUGUGGGGCGCCAGCGCAUGGUGCGGCUAUGGAUACCUGCUCAGCGGCUCGGGACCCACGUCCUGGCCUGUGGGCACAGCUCUGCUGAGCCCUGACCUGGCCUUCCCCGGCGGUCACCUCAUGACUGUGCGUGUGAUUCCGGUUCUGAGGCCAAGGUGGUGGCCGUUGAGGGACUAUCCAUUAAUUCCACUCCCUAGCUUCUCAGCAGCUUCUUUGCUCCCACCUCCCCCACCCCCGAAAAGGCCCUUUUCCUUUUGGCUCCAGCAUGUAGUUUGGAAAUGGACGAGGGCCGUGUCCUGCAAGGGGUUUUCUGAGCUGCCCUAGAUGCGGUCUCUGUGGAGUGCACCACGCGCAGGCCUGCUAAGCUAUGGCACAUGGAUCCCCAGUGCCUGAGAAAGCCCAGCGCUUUACAGCAUGUGGUCCUGGGAGAAGCGCCGGCAACUGUCGCUGCCCCAGAGGAGAAGAGGGGAGAGAGAGGAGAGCACGUGACCCUAGAGUAAGUGACCAGCAGGAGAAGAUGCUCUGCCUUGACCCCACCCGGCCCCCGGCUUUGAGGCCAGAGCUCACCCUGCAACUGCUCCACUUGCGCCUGCAGGGCCUGCUUCUCCUCCUCCGACCUCCUCAGCUCAUCUGCAAAUGAAGUGAAGCCAAUGUGAAUGGAAGGCCUUGGGCAUCCCGGCCAGAGGCAGGGGUAGGUGUGCCCCAUCCUGGCCUCUGUGGCAUCCAGUGGCCACUGCCCUUCCUGCUCUGCCCCCUCUCUGAGGAGGUGAACCAAGAGUGCCUACCAGCUGCCCGAGGAGGCUGGCCCUUCAGCAGACACCCGGCGGGGCCAGGCCUUCCCCAUGGGUGUCGCAGCCGACCUUUCCCUUUCCCAUCAGGAACGGCUGGACACAGGCUGUGGCCUGGCCCGAGGACAGGAAAGAGCGUCCUUGGGGGCAUUGGAUCCUGGACUUGCCAGAAAACCAGCCAGCAAAGCAGACCAAUCCUUCCCCUCCCAGCUCCCUCUUGGGCCCUCCGCCCUCUGCCUCCCAGGGGAGGAACCUUGCAAGGCCAGGGAGGCCGGCCUGCCCACGUCUGUGCCCCCCUGCAGGUGGUCCAUGGUGGCCUGCAGCUCCUGGUGCUCUCUCUCCAGCAGCCGCAGCGCCUGGUUCAUCUGGCAGUCCCUGCUGUCAGCUCCCUGGAGGAGUGGAGGGCAACUCAGGGCUGGGAACUAAUGCUGGCAGCUCAGCAGGAGGAGGGGGCUGGAAACUCGGAAAGUUGUUUCUUCCACUCCGUCCCUUUGCUCUGCUUUUCCAGCUGAGCCAGCUCUGGUCAGGGGUGAGCUGUCGCUUUUCUGGACAUCUUCGCUUGGAAUUCUAGCACUGGCAAAUUAAUCUUUUUGGUUGGGUCAUUUUCACAAAGAAUCGAGGUUAAAAAGAAAGACUUGCUAAGGGCUUCCUGCAGGGCUGGGGCCAAGCUGUGGGUGGAUGUGGGUGGCUGGGAGCUCAUAGCCCUGGGGUGGCUCACACCCGCCCUCUGGGGGUUCAGGUCUGGCUGCCUGGAACUGAGGCCCCCUGUGGAGGUGGCCUCCAGCCAAGGGAAUCUGCUGCAGGGGCGUGACUGCCCGGCGGGCACUAACAGGUCCUGGGGUACAGCCCGUCCUCACUGGGGAGAGUGGGGACCCCUCAGCCUCACAGCAUUCCCAGGCUGUACCCGGUCCUCACUGCGGGGGACGGGGAGAAUGAGUCUUCAGAGGGUAACGUCUCCAAGGACGCAGGUGGAAGCUAGGAGCUCUGCAAGGGCCCCCAGGGGCGGGUGGCCACCCUAAGCACGCUGCGAGGGAGCCGUGGGCCACAGCUCGGGUGCUCUGGGUGCGGAGGCUGUGGGACCCGCUGGAGCCCAGUGCCCUUCGCACUUGGACGCUGCUUGGCCCGUGACCUCUUCGCUUGGCCUGAGUGGGGCAGACGCCCUGGCUAAACUCAGGUGAGCAGGGGGCUGCUGCGAGGUGGGCAGUGGGUGAGGACCCUGAAGCCAGAUAUUGCCAGCUGCUUUUGGGCACUGU